AAAAGAAGAAAAACUAAAGAAGGAAACAAAAAGAAAAAAAAAGGAAAAAAAAAAGCAAAAAACCUGCCUGGUUGUAAUUGGUACUGUUCCCUGUACAGUUGGCUUCACCAGACACCACUGUGGAUUCUUUGCGCAUUCUUUUCCAUCUCUCUAGGGUUUCAGUCUGUCUCUGCAAUUCCUUCAAUACAGUGUGGUUCUUGGAGCAGUAGUCAUGAAUACCGACAAGGAAGACUUUCUCAGGGAGUUCGGGAACGAUUACGGAUACCCCAGUGCUCCCUUCAACAUCGACCAAAUCAGAGCCUCUCAAUUCAAGCGGUUGGAUGGUCUUGUAUACUUGGACCAUGCUGGAUCAACAUUGUACUCUGAGUCACAGAUGGAAGCAGUCCUUAAUGAUCUAACUACUAGUGUUUAUGGAAAUCCUCAUAGCCAAAGCGACACCAGUUUGGCCACUUGUGACAUUGUAAGAGAAGCCCGCCAGCAGGUCCUUGAUCACUGUAAUGCAUCCCCAAAAGAUUACAAAUGCAUAUUCACUUCAGGGGCAACAGCAGCAUUGAAGCUGGUAGGAGAGGCCUUUCCAUGGAGCAGUGAGAGCAAUUUUAUGUACACGAUGGAGAAUCAUAACAGCGUCCUUGGGAUCAGAGAAUAUGCUCUCGAUCGAGGAGCUUCAGCUUUUGCAAUAGAUAUUGAAGAGGCUGGGCAUCAUGGUGGAGUCUCCAGAAGCACUUCAUCUUCUAUUAAAGUGUCACCACACCCUAUACAAAGGAGAAACCAAGCAAGAUUCCCAGGAGAAGCGCCUACAGGUUAUGCCCCUAACUUAUUUGCAUUUCCGUCAGAGUGCAAUUUCUCUGGUGUAAGAUUCAGUCUCGACUUGGUGAAGAUUAUCAAGGAAGAUGCUGAGAGAAUUUUGACUGACCCUCCAUUCUGCAAGGGUUGCUGGAUGGUCUUGAUUGAUGCUGCAAAAGGAUGUGCAACAAAACCACCUGUGUCGAAGUAUCCUGCAGAUUUUGUUGUCAUCUCAUUCUAUAAGCUAUUUGGUUAUCCGACGGGACUUGGCGCUCUCAUUGUUCGAAAUGAAGCUGCCAAGUUGUUGAAGAAGACCUAUUUUAGCGGAGGUACGGUGGCAGCCUCCAUUGCUGAUAUUGACUUUGUUAAAAGAAGAAAUGACAUUGAGGAGCUGUUUGAGGAUGGCACCGCAUCAUUCCUAAGUAUAGCAUCUAUUCGACAUGGGUUCAAAUUACUCAACACUAUAACUAUUUCUGCAAUAUCACGGCACACAUCAUUACUUUCCACAUAUGUGAGGAAACAGCUCUUGGCCUUAAGGCAUGACAAUGGAUCUGGUGUCUGCGUGCUUUAUGGGGGAUUCAAUUCAGAGAAGUUGUGCAAUGAAAUGGGACCUAUAGUAACUUUCAACUUGAAACGACCAGAUGGUUCUUGGUUUGGAUACCGUGAAGUGGAAAAAUUGGCUUCUCUAUCCAGAAUUCAGCUACGGACAGGAUGCUUUUGCAAUCCUGGUGCUUGCGCAAAAUAUCUGGGCUUGUCUCACUCAGAUCUGCUUUCCAAUAUUGAGGCUGGCCAUGUUUGCUGGGACGAUAACGACAUAAUACAUGGGAAACCAACUGGAGCUGUAAGAGUAUCCUUUGGUUACAUGUCAACAUUUGAAGAUGCCAAGAAAUUCAUUGAUUUCAUAGUGAGUUCCUUUGUAUCAGUGCCAUAUCAAUCUGGGCAAGUACAUCUACCAAGGCCGCGAAAGAAGACUCUCAACUACAGCUUUUCGUCUUAAGUCUAUUACUAUCUACCCGAUAAAAUCAUGUGCAGGAUUCAGUGUAGAGGGUUGGCCUCUAAGCAAUACUGGUAGC